AAACAAGAUGUCUAUUGCUGCUGCUACUGAAUACACUGUUCCUACCAAAGAUACUAUUAAUCAAGGUGUUUUAUUAAAGAAGAAGGAUGAUCUUCAACUCGUCGAAAUUCCUAUUCCUGAGCCACCUGCUAACCAUGUUCAGGUCCAAGUGAAAUGCACUGGUAUUUGUGGUUCUGACAUUCAUUUGUGGAAACACGGUGAGAUUGGUAUUUUCCCUGUGACUCAGCCUCAAUUGCUCGGGCAUGAAAGUGCUGGUAUUGUUACUGCUUUAGGUGAAGGUGUUACUUCUCUUCAAGUAGGAGAUCGCGUUGCUAUUGAAGCUGGUAUCCCUUGUUCUUCUUGUGAACAGUGUAUGAGUGGUAGAUAUCAUUUGUGUCCUGAUGUUAUUUUCAAGUCUACUCCACCUUUUGAUGGUCAACUUGCAAGAUACAUUACACAUCCCGCUCGCUGGCUACACAAGAUUCCUGCCAACAUCAGCUAUGAAGAAGGUGCUUUGCUCGAACCUCUCUCGGUUGCCAUUGCUGCGAUUGAUCGUGUCAGAGCUAAAUUUGGUCGCUCUCUUUUGAUUACGGGUAGUGGACCUAUUGGCCUUCUGGUUCUUGCUGUAGCCAAGGCAACCGGUAUUCAUCCUAUUGCCAUCACGGAUGUUCAGCAAAGUCGCUUGGACUAUGCUAAAAAGAUGGGUGCCACUUUCACUUAUUGUAUUGAUCCCUCCAAACCCGAGCUAGAGACAACCAAAGAAAUCCGUGCUCUCUUUGACAACAAAGGUGCUGAAUGUGUGCUUGAAUGCACUGGUAUUGAGAGUUCGUUUAGAACAGCCAUUAUGGCCACAAGUGAUGCAGGUACUUGUUGUCUUGUCGGGGUAGGAAAGAAUGACCAGACGAUUCCUGUAAACAACUUUGCUAUGCGGGAAGUAGAUAUUCGUGGUCUAUUUAGAUACCAUCAUACUUAUCCUCGGGCCAUUUCUUUAUUAGCCAGUGGUAUUUUGGAUAUCAAGCAUAUGACUACACACAGAUUUGACUUUUCUGAUGCUCUUAAGGCCUUUGAAACUGUUGCUGAUCGUAAUUCUGGUGACUUUGUUUCAUAAACCAAGCAGAGCAGUUAUAUUCUUCAAUUCAAACUCAGUGAAUAGACUUUUGCAGGAAGGGAGGGUGGCUUUGCUAAAACAUAAAAUCAAAAUUUUUCCUUGUUAUUGUCGUUCUCC